AUUCAAUUGUUUUCGUAUUCUAUGAUAUUAGUAUAAGAUCCCCAAACAUGUGUUUUACAUUUGUUGAAAAAAAAUAACAAAUAAUGUCUUAGCUGUGAAUAAUUUUUUGAAUGAAUUAUUAAUCAUUAGCUUGCACCGCUCAGCAAAAAUGUUGACUUCCAGAGUUAUACGAAGUCUGGCUCUUUUCAAAUCUCAUAUAAUGUGUGUAAAUAAUGUUGAAAAACGAGGAAUCAAAACUUGGUUGUCGAAUACACUGCGAGAAAUGAAAGAUAGGAAUCGUGAUUUCGACUUAGUUCCUCAUAAAAAAAGACACAAACGAGAAUGGGUCAAUUGGAAUUAUGACUCUGAAAUUUAUGCUUUUGGUAAACGUCUAAACGAAGAUCUAUCACAGGAUGAACUGAAAAAGAUUUUUAUUGAUCAGUCUUAUGUGGAUGAAGAGGAGAAAAGAAAAAAAGAUUUGGGUCUUGAAAAUGUUGGCGUUACUUUACUAUCAAAUUCUGAACUUUCAAAUAAAGGGGACAGUAUCAUGAAAUCUUUUACCCAAUCUUACUUGCGAUUUUUCUUACCAAGAGUUCCUGAAGAAUGCAUUUCAUCAAUUUCCCAUAAUUUAUGUUCAAAUCAAACUCUAAGUCAUAUAGGAGGAUAUAUUGGAUGUAAAGAUUUAAUCAUGAGUCCACUUAUAGAUCCCACUGAAGAAAUGAUUGCUAACUCUGUUAAAUCAUUAAUUGCUGUUCUUGACGAAACUAAAGGCUCAAAACAGUGUGAAAAGUUCAUCAUCGAUAUAAUCUUACCUUACCUACAUGAUAAAGAUCUUUUAGCAAUAUGGGAUCCGGUGGAUCCUGAAAAUAAAGUGCGUAAAAUUUUACAAAAUGAUGGCUUGCCAGAUUUUGAGCCUAGAUUAAUGCGAGAAACCGGACGGAAUACAAUUUUCUCAUGUUAUAUAGUUGGAUUGUAUGUGAAUAAGAACCUAAUCGGAUAUGGUCCUGGAGAAACUAUUCAAGUAGCUCAAGAAAUGGCUGCAUAUGAUGCAUUGAGACGCUUUUUCAAUUUAACUGUGUCUGGAGUACGUUUUAAAUUUGGUCCAGCUGCUCACAAUUUAGACUACAAAAGUAAACAAGAGGCAAAUUUUUCAAUUAGAGAUUGGAAAUUGAGUUACUUUACUCAAAACACAAACCCAGUUGAAUCGCCUCGUAAAGUAGCUGUUUCAAUGUAAUCUAUGUAUUUAAUUAAUAAUAACUAUUAGAGUUUAUCAAA